GAGGACCUGAUUAAAGACAACUACGAGCUUCUAUCGAAGAGACUACAAGUUGAAAGACUGAUCCCUCAGUUCAUUCAGAAACGUCAACUGGACUUUACCGACAAGCAGGUCAUCAUGAGCAAAGUAACGACACAAAGCAGGGCCGAGGCUCUACUGGAUCUCCUGAUUGUAAAGGGAAAGUGUACCCUGAGAUGUUUGUGGAGAAUUUGACGAGAGGAGACCACCAACACAUUGUAGAUCAACUAAAGCGGACAAGCACACAAGAUGAGCCAACAGAAGGUGGAAAGAAGAAAACCAAAAGGCGACAUGGAAGCCAGCUUAGCGACAACGGUACUCCAGCAAAACGACCAAAGCAAGUUAAAGUGUCAACGUAUUUUGACAAAGUCGUUGAUGGCGUCAGUUCCGAUUGGGACGACUUGGCCCGAAAGCUGAACUUCACCGAGAACCAGAUAAAGGUAAUAGCGGAAAUGAGACCUGACCAAAACAGGCGGUGUAGGGAGAUGCUGUGGACGUGGAGGAACAGGGAUGGACAAGCUGCAACUCUUCAGGCCCUGAAGAAGGCUCUCAUCAACAUCAAACAGAAGCAUCUGGCAGAGAGGCUGGAAGAUUCUUCAGACUCAUCGGAAUCUUCGGAUGACUAGUCUACUUAGUCCCCUACACAUACAAGAUCGAACCAGCAGCGGUAGAUGCGUCCGUAUCGAUGGCAAAUAAUUAUGAACAUAUUGUAGCCAAGUGAUUUGCAAUGUAAAUAUAUGCGCACUAGAGGUCUUUUAGUUUUUGCCUAGUGCAAAAUCUUGACAAGUGAUUUCAAUUGUGCUGAAA